AUGCCUGCCAAUGAGCAUCAUGACGAGGAAGUCCAUCUCGCGAGCCUGCGUAUGGACGUUGAUCGGACACUGGCUGAGAUGAACGCGAAGCUUCUGAGCAUGAAGCUCUUAUUAUCAGAGCUCUGUGCCCGACUGCCAAACACAGACGCUGAGAGCGAGGAGGAUAGCAAUGUUUUCCAAGCGCUGGCAGCAGCACAGCAGGUUUCGACCGACACCAAAGCCCAAAGACUGGGUAGACUGUCAGCUCCGCAACGUACGAAACGUCUCUGCGCUUCAGGAGCAUGCAAUCAUCAGGCAUUGGUGACCGCCAAGGGGAAGAAAGGCAUAUGGUGUCGCGAGCACACUUGUGCCGCCCGAGACUGGGACUGCGUGGAGGAGAUUUACCGGUUCAAGCCUCUGGACUGGGAGGUGCACCGCGGCAUGCUGAACUCGCUCUACUGCCCCCAGCAUACCUGCCUCUUCCAGGGCUGCCUUGUGAGGGUGUUGGCUCGAGACGCCAUCUGCUGUCCCAGGCAUCUGCAGUUGGAGUGGCUGAGCAUGGCGGCACGAGAACCAGAGAGGGCCACGGGGAUCCUGCGUGUUGUCAACGGGGGUAAAGAUCCUGGAGAUGGCGAGCUGGAUCAUACGGAGGGAGCAUGUGGCGAGAAGGGCAAAGACACAUUCCAACAGGAAAAGAAGGGCAAGAAAAGGGUCCGCUGGGAGGACCACCGCGAAUGA